CAGAUUCAGAUUUAGUAAAGAUGUAUUCAGUAGAAGAUCCACCAGAUGGAGGUAUUCGCGCUUGGCUUGUUGUAGCAUCGUGUUCAGCAAUUAACUUACUGAUAGGAAUAUGGAACCUGGUGUACGUCUAGCUUUGUUAAGAUCCAAGGAUGAUACAGGAAUAAAUGAGGAAACGCUCGUAGAGAUGUACAACGUUUAUAAUAGCCUUGCAGGAGUUUAUGCACCUAUAGCAUCUGUUUCUAUGCUUGUACUAGGAUAUAAGUGGACCGUUCAUAUAGGUUCAUGGUGCUUAGCUGUUUCAUUUAUUAUACUGUCGUUCGUCAAAAAUGUUCAUGCCAUAAAAUUUCUACUUUACGGUAUGACAGGUAUCGGUUCGAGUUUAGUUCAGGUUGGUUCUUUAAUUCCCAUUUUGGAGUAUUUUACCUCAAAGAGAAUACUUGCACUGAUGAUCACUAAAGUUUGCAGAUACUGUGGACAGUUUAUUACACUAAGUAUUGUUUUAUCUGGUGAAAAAACAACAUGGCAGUCAUUAUAUAGAAUUUGUAUGGGAGUGAGCAUUCCUAUCGGGGUAAUUGGGCUUACAGUACCUACUCUGUUAUCAAACCUGAAGACAACGUCGACAUCCUUCAUCGAUAGAGUUUCAUGA